CUCGCGAGAACAGGCUGUCGCUUUUGCUGGAGGAGGAUCCAAAAUGGCGGCGCUGGCGAGCUCCCCUUCUCCUGGGCUCCCUUCCUUGGCUCCAGCGGCGCCGACGGCGACAACGACGACCCCAAACCCUGCCCCUGCGCUGCCUCUAGGGCCGCCGGGCUACCGUCCCUUCGAGCCGGAGUCGGUGGGGCUGAGCCCCGGCUGGAGGCUCACCAGUUACGGGGAGCUGCGGGGCUGAGGCUGCAAAGUCCCCCAGGAGACGCUGCUCAGGCUCCUGGAGGGACUCAGCGGCCCUCGGCCGGCCUUGGCGGAGGCGGCGGGGGAGCCCGGGGCAGUGGCCGCCCCGACCCUCGGCAUUGGGAUGGACUCCUGUGUGAUCCCUUUGAGACAUGGGGGCCUAUCCCUUGUACAGACUACAGACUUCUUUUAUCCACUGGUGGAAGAUCCGUACAUGAUGGGCCGGAUUGCCUGUGCCAAUGUGCUGAGUGACCUAUACUCCAUGGGUAUCACAGAGUGUGACAACAUGCUUAUGCUGUUGAGUGUGAGCCAGAAAAUGAGUGAGGAGGAACGGGAUAAAAUCAUGCCACUGAUAAUCAAGGGCUUCCGGGAUGCAGCAGAAGAUGGUGGCACCUCAGUAACUGGUGGGCAAACGGUCUUGAAUCCUUGGAUUAUUGUUGGAGGGGUUGCAACAGUUGUUUGUCAGCCCAAUGAAUUCAUCAUGCCAGACAGUGCAGUUCCAGGGGAUGUUCUUGUGCUGACCAAACCACUAGGGACUCAGUGGCUGUGAAUGCUCCCAAUGGCUAGAUAACCCAGAGCGGUGGAAUAAGAUUAAGCUGGUGGUUUCCAGAGAAGAUGUUUGAACUGGCU